UUUUAGUGCUUGGUUCUUCUCUCUUUCUCCAUCUCUUUCAUCGAUGCUAUCAUUCUCUCUCUAAAAAACCAUUUUCUUCCUUUUGCCAAGAAAACCCAUCCAAGAUCGGACAUAACUGGAGAUGAUAAAAGAAGAUCUAGUGUUAUGCUGAACUAUCUGGGAAGCGAAGAGGCAGAUAGUAACAGUGGAAGAAUCAAAUGUUCUUGUCCACUGAGAACCCACCACAUGACCCACUUUCAUCUUCUUCUCCUCCUUCCAGUUUCUUACAUCUCACCACUUCUUCACAUGAGUUAGGUCAAACCCAUCUCCAAAACUUCUCCAUCAGAGAUUACGCGUAUAGCAACAGGAAGAACAACAUCAAGAACAACUGGCCAUUUUCUCCUAAAAGUCUCCAACUUUGUUCAACUCAUGGCGUAACUGAUCCUUUGCCACCGUUUGAGACAACGGCUAGUUUAUCGUCAGGGAAGCAGAUCGUAUCUCAUGUCCAUAUAGGAAGUGGUUCGGCUAAACUUGGGCUAAAAGGAGGUUGUAGCCAAUCAAGGGUCAUCAAGAAUGGUUAUGGUACGAGCACAAGUGUUUUGAAGUCUAAGGUAGAGACGAUAGUAGUAGCUGGUACAAGUAAUAACAACAAGAACAGUAAAAAGUGUGGACGAGGAGGAGGAAUGGUGAAAUCCAAAGAAGAUACUUGUGGUGGUGGCCUUGUGAUGACGACAACGUGUCCUAUUUGCAAAACCUUCUCGUCAGCUUCCAACACUACUUUGAAUGCUCACAUCGAUCAGUGUCUGUCUCUUGAUUCAGAACUGCCACCGGUUAGUAGUAGUAAGCCAAACAAGCCUAGAGUUGAUUCAGCCGUGCCACCUGUUAGUACUAAGCAAAACAAGCUUAGAGCUAAGCCACAGAUGAAAGUUAAAACGAUGGUUGAUAUUUAUGCGUCUGCUAAAAGAUGCACAUUAGAAGAUCUUGACAAGAGAAAUGGAACUACGUGGGCGUCGGUUUUGAGUCAUUCGAAUCAAGUUGUUGCUGAUAAGAGUGAAGUGUCCAAGAAGCGGAAAGUUCCACCUGUGGGCGUUGGUCCGGUUUAUAUCGAUGCCAAGGGUCAAAAACUGCGGAUUCUAACAGAGUUCAGCGAGAAGAAGACUUGUAUUACUACUCCGUUGAGAGAGCAGCAUGAGGGUGGUAGUAGUGAAAAGAAGAGUUCAAGCCAAGGUAGUAAAGAAAACAGUAAAAGCUUGAGGAAGAGACGACUGGGAAAGAAACAUUACAAGUAUCUUAAACUAACCAAUCUCAAAGCCAAUAAUACAUCAGAGCAGGUACCAGAGUAUCAAAGAGUGUUUUGUGGAGAAGGUAACAGCAAGGGUCAUCGUAGAAUCUAUAACCAGCGGAUGUUAUCAAAACGUGGUCUGGUUUCAAAGAGGCUAAAUGAGAAAGGACAUAAACUUUAUGAUUUGCGGGAUCAGCCAUCUGAGGAUGAGGAUGAUGAUUCAUGGUCAGGAGGAGAGCGUCUUGUGUUGAGAGGUACUGAUUCAUCCCCUUUCAAGAAACAGAAGGAAGUAUCUGGAAGGAAUAAGGCUAUGUUUGGGAGUAAAGGAGCUCAAAGUCGUUCAUUUAGAGUUCAGAUGAGUGAAAAGGAGGAGACAUCACUUGCAGUAGCUCGUUUAGACACUCUCCAGUUGAAGAAGAGACUUGCUUCGAUUCAAAAAGACAAGUAUCCACUUGGAAAGAAUGUCAGCGAGGUUUCUCAUCGUGCAACUAGCAUGAGAAAGGUGUCCCCACCAUUCGUAGCAAAUGGCUGGAGACGACUAUCUCUGCCUGUGGAGCUAAAGAAAGCUCGGCAGGAAGAAGAAGAAGCUGGAAAAUGGGAAUCUGAAAUGACAAAAGAACGUGAACUCUCAGAUGACGACGAAGAAAGUAGUGAUGAGGAGGAUGAAGAUAAUAGCAACAACAACAACAGUAGAGCCAAUGUGUUGGACAAAAGCAAUGAUGCUACACCUAGCGAGAGAGCAAUGUAUUAUUACUCUGAAGAAGUUGAGGAAAUGAUUUACGAGCAAACCACUUGUGAUGAAGAUGUGAGGUUUGAAUCUGAGGUGAGAGGAAAAGGAAGCUUGUUUGUAGAGGUUGAUACCAUUCCGAUUCCGGGACCUCCUGGCUCAUUUCUACCUAGUCCCAGGGACAUGUGCUUUGAUGAGAAUCUUGGAAACUCGUCGGUUAUCACAAGCCAGUUCCAUUCUUUCGACAGAAACUCAUCUGAAUCACCUGUUUCAAACUUCGCAGCUGGUAAGUUGAGUUUUUGUGUUCCAUCUCAUCCUGAGACAAGUACUAUUGACAAGACAGAACCACCUCCAAGACUUGGAAGCAACGAUCACGAGUCUUGUUGUUGUUGCCAGAGAAAAGAUAGAAUCUCUGAGGGGAUGGCUUUGAAUCACCAAACAUCUGAUCUACUGCAGAGAAGAGGUGCUGCUUAUUCGUCACGUUUGGAUACAACAAAUCAUCCGUUUGAGGAGUCACCAUACAUGAUCCAGCAAGACUUAGAUCUUCAGAGUAAAUUCUCCAGCAGAGCUGUUGUUGUGCCUCCAAGUCCUAACCCGGUUUUGCGGUUGAUGGGAAAAGAUUUGAUGGUCAUGAACCAAGGAGAAGCAGACACGGUUCGGGAUAGCUUAAAACCAACCACGCAGUUUCUUGAUUCUCAUCCUUGCGCUGGAACCGGCUUAUACUUCAACACAGGUCUCUAUUUAAGAAACGGUUUCGAACCAACACAUCAUCAACCACAGACACCACAAUCACAAUCACAGACACAAACACAAGCUUCACCAUUCAGAAACAGUUUUGAUGAUCAUGUAAGGUACUUUUCUCCGAGCUAGUCAAUGUAAGAGUUUCGGCCUUUGUGUAGUUAUGGACCUUACGGUUUACAUAAAGAAAAGCAGACACUUGAAAAGCA